CUAUCUUGGUAUCCUUCCGUACGACAUCCAUUAGCCAUGGAAGCGCAGGUGGAAGACGAAGCAAAGUAUCGUACUUGGACUAUUAAAAGCAAACUAAAUCAAGACAACGCAUCCACCGAAUCGCCUUCACGUCAUUAUUUCUAUCGAAAAGUUCGAUCCGCCAGCCAAGAUGACGACGCACCUUCGAAAGAGAAUGUAUUUCUCGCAGCAGCCGAGAGUAAUGCCCAGUUUGAAAACAAACUAGAGGCAUUUGCGCAGCAGGAUGAAUUUCAAAAGGUAUUAUACCGAUUACAUAAAGAAGCCAUAGCCGAUUUGGAACGACGUAAACGAGAGCGAAAAGCACGACAAGACGCCAAAACGAAGCCUCAACCGUCACGGUCAGAAAGAAGACCAGUAGAGAAUCAAGAUAACCCCCCGGAACAAAUAGAACCAUUUGCUUUUGAGCGACCGAGUUCUCUAAGCUUAGCGUCGCAGACAGCAUGGCACGCUAAUAUCAACGACGAAGCCAUGUUAAAUUACCCUCAUCAGUGGUUACGGCUCGCCAGCCUUUUCAACGUACAUUCCAGAACGGCCACUCAGCCGAGCUUAAUAAGCGAAGCCACAUUGAAUGUCGCUUUGCAAGAUCGAGGCGUGAAUGCUGAAGAGAAUCGACAACCCUUGGAAAACUAUUUAGAAUUACGAGACGUGCAAAACCGAAAUUAUGCCAAGGAUGCGGUUGCUGAUGGUGUCAAGCAUAUGGAACACAAUAAGAUCAAAGAGGCCAUGGAGUAUUACAAACGCGCCCUUGAUAUGGAUCCGAAAUAUGCGGAAGGGUGGUAUCGAGUAGCGGAAGGACUGCUGCGGCAAAGCCGAGCGGCAGAAGCCACCGAACAUCUCGAGCGCGUGUUGCGUUUGGAUCCAAAUCAUGAAAACGCCAAAGCACUUUUAUGUGCUCUCAAAAAUACCAGCAAGCCGAAAAAAGAAAGAAGAGACAGUUGGGAAAUAUUGGAUGUGCCAACCCAAGAAUUACAAGAGGAUAGUCUCAAGGAAAAGAAGAAACGAUCAAGUCAUUCCAAAAGUGGUGCUGAAAGUGACAGCAAUGAUGACAGUCGGUCCAAAUCUUCCCGCCAUCGAAAAAAGAAAAGGAAAUAUGAAUCUCGAUCACGCUCUCGUUCUCGUUCCCCUUCCCCCCUUCGCUCUCGUUCACGUUCUCGUCACGGUCCUCGCUCUCGCUCACCUAUUCGGUCUCGUUCCCGCUCAUCUUUCCAUUCUUCUAGACGAUCACGGUCACGAUCACCAUCACGCCGCAACACGACACGAGACAAGCGGUCUUCACAUCGACAUGGACGCUCAGACCGUCGAAGACGAGAUCGCCGUGAUAGUCUAUCCGAUCACGGAACUAGUCGAUCAUUAGAAAAGAGAAAUCGUUCCAGUCGAAGAGACGAAGACCGGUCUGACAGAAAGAAAGAUGCUACCUCGCCAGAAAAAGAAACGAGAAAGAAAACGAUCACCGAAAGAGAAAAAGAAAAAGAACAGAAAGAAGUACCACUAAACGUUCCAAAUACGAGCAUGCAAAAAGAUACUUUGCCACAUCCGGUAGAAGAGGUCGACGUCGACGAUCAAGUGCAAAAGUCGCGUGAAGAAAAUGAGCCUAAAGAAGACCGUGAACAAGAUCAAAGACGCCAUCAUCGUCGCAGUGAUGAUCAGGGAUCAAAGAAGCGAUCUGACAGAGACCAUCACGAUCGACGCGAUCAUCGUUCCCAUCGCAGUCGGCGAGAUCAUCGGGAUCGGUCAGAAUCACCAUCCAAGCAUGGCAGCCGUAAAAGCUCCAGCCGUCGAAAUCGCGAUCGUAGCCGCGAUCGUAGUCGCGAACGUAGCAAAGAGCGUGGCCGAGAGCGUGGCCGGGAUAGAAGGCGGGACCAAGAGGAUGAUCGAUCUGCUCGCUCUCGUCACCACCGUGGUCACCGUAGUCGCGACCGUAAAAGCAAACGUCAUCGUCGUUCACAUUCGCGUUCCCGUUCCCGUUCACGCGAAACGCACACUCAUCCAAAUGAAAGCAAAACAGAUGCAACCAAUUCAGCUCCUUGAUGAACAACAGCAAGCACAACAAUCAUUCGAAUACAAAUCAAUCGUUAGACUUUCCACAUUCCUUCAAUACAAAGUAGGCAAGCAAUAAAAAUUAGAUCAUUCCAGAUCAAACAUACCAUAAUAAAGAUACAAUACGGGUGACCCAUUGUUGCCUUGAAGCAC